UUGAACCAUUCAUCUUUCUCCUUUUACAUUUUUCUCUAACUGUGCUAGUGACAAAGUUGUAACCAGACACAAUUGCGUGGUAUAUACCCUGUAUAUAUGUUAUAUACAUUAUACGUGAGGAGUGAGAAAUUAAAGUUUAAAGAAUCGUUUGAAAUUUCGGAAUAUUACGCCAAUGUGUGUACGAACGAUAAGUGAAGAAGCAGAAGCUCACAGCGCGGCGUUCUGUCAAGUUACGUUAACCUCAUAGUGUAGUAAUAUUCGGGACAAAUGUCGAAGUGAAUUGAAUAAGAGUUACAGGGUAAAAUGAGUUUACCCAGCGUAAGUGAUUAUUCUUUAUUAGAAAAAAUCGGUGCGGGGAGUUACGCGACUGUUUACAAAGCUUUUAAGAAGGAUGGAUGCCGAGAGGUAGUCGCAAUCAAGUGUGUAGACAAAUCAUCACUCUCCAAGUCGGCUAUCGAUAAUAUCGUCAGGGAGAUCUAUCUCCUAAAAAUACUGCGCCACGAGAAUAUCGUCGAAAUGAGGGAUUUUUUUUGGGACGAAGGGCACAUAUACAUCGUAAUGGAAUACUGUGAUGGUGGCGAUCUAUCGAGUUUUAUAAGGAAGAGGCACAAGUUACCCGAGCAAAUUUGUCGUCGAUUUUUGCAACAACUUGCACUCGCUCUAAAAUAUCUACGUAAUAAUAAUGUUUGUCAUAUGGACUUGAAACCCCAAAAUUUAUUGCUAAUGAGAAGGCCACAAUUAACAUUAAAAGUUGGAGAUUUCGGUUUCGCUCAAUUUCUUUCGAAUUCGCAAACAAAAUUUGCGAUUUGUGGUUCUCCACUUUACAUGGCGCCGGAAAUUUUAUUGAAGAACAAAUAUGAUGCUCGUGUUGAUUUGUGGAGCGUCGGUGUGAUCAUGUACGAAUGCCUUUUUGGCGAAGCUCCGUAUUCCAGCAACAGCUUCCAGGAGCUAGCUGAGAAGAUCAAGGACUGCCGACCUAUUAAGUUACCGAAAGGCUCGCAUGUCUCAUCGGAGUGCAAGGAUUUAUUGAUGUCCUUGUUGAGGCACAACCCUGACGAGAGGAUAACGUUUGAUGAAUUCUUCGCCCAUGAUUUCCUGGAUUUGGCUCAUGCGCCAACAAAGGAAAAUUACGACAAGGCGGUAGAGUUAGUUCAAAAGGCUGUGAAAAUGGAUGCAGAAAAAAAUUCGAAAGAAGCUUUACAUUUAUAUUGUGAAGCUCUUAGAUACUUUAUUCCUAUUGUAACAAGUGAGACUGAUUUAAAGAGGAAAGAAAGUUUAAGAUCACGCAUAAAUGAUUAUAUUAAAAGAGCAGAGGUAUUGAAAGCAUCCUGUAUAGAUAAUAGUAAUGAUAAAGAUAAAUGUGUUCCUGCGGAGCAUAAAGAAUAUUCUAUUCAGAGGAUAUCAUCUUUAAAUGAGGCGUCUUUUGUGUAUCAUGAACUACGAACGCUUAGCAAAAGUACAACCAGUAUGGCGGAUGGGCUUGAAAUAGGAGCAGUCGCCGAACUGUAUCUUGCGGAAGGAAAUUAUGCGCUUGCGUUAGAAAAAUUUCAAUCUUGUCUAGGAAUAUUGGUACCUCUUUUGCGAAAAGAACCUCCAGGUCGAAGAAGAGAUUUGUUACAUAAACAGGUACAAUAUUGGAUGAAAGGAGCCGAAAGUACCAAAGGGCUUUUAGCUACUAAAGAUAUCGAGGAGUCCGCACAACAUGCCUCUGAUACGUACGAGCAAUGCAUAAUGCAGUAAUUCAAAAUUUACAUUUAAUAUAAAGUAUUAUUUGUACUGGUAGCACGUUCUGAAAUUUUUUCCGAGACAAAUAUGAGUACUUACUGUGUCACUUGUAUUAUAAUGUAUCUAUAUAUACAUAUAUAUAUAGAAUGUUUCCAUUUAUUUAUGGAAAAAAUAAAUAAUUUUAUAUUUCAUUUUUCAAUGCAAA